AUGUCUUCAGCAACUAUCGAGCCCCACGGCGGGGUACUCAAAGAUUUGCUUGCUCGUGAUGCGCCCAGAAGAGCAGAGCUCGCAAAGGAGGCGGAAUCUCUGCCCCAGCUGCAUCUUACUGAGAGACAGCUUUGCGAUCUUGAAUUAAUCCUCAAUGGUGGAUUUUCGCCGUUGGAAGGUUUCAUGAACCAAAAGGACUAUGAGGGUGUCGUCAAUAACCUUCGCCUCGUCGACGGAAACCUCUUCUCUAUCCCCAUUACCCUCGAUGUCUCCCAGGAAACAAUCGAUAAAUACUCUAUCAAGCCUGGUGCAAGAAUAGCCCUCGUGGACUUCAGAGAUGACCGCAAUCUCGCCAUUAUCACCGUUGAUGAUGUCUACAAGCCAAACAAGGACUUGGAAGCUAAGGAAGUUUUUGGGGGAGACCCAGAACACCCUGCUAUCAAGUAUUUACACAAUACCGCCAACGAAUUCUACGUCGGUGGUAAGCUUGAUGCUAUUAACAAGCUAAACCACUAUGACUAUGUCGACCUACGCUAUACCCCAGCCGAGCUAAGAGCUCACUUCGAGAAACUUGGUUGGUCCAGAAUUGUCGCCUUCCAAACUAGAAACCCCAUGCACCGUGCCCACCGAGAGCUUACUGUCAGAGCAGCUCGUGCAAGACACGCCAAUGUUCUUAUCCAUCCAGUUGUUGGCCUUACCAAGCCAGGUGACAUUGAUCACUUCACCCGUGUGAGAGUAUACCAGGCUCUGCUGCCACGAUAUCCAAAUGGCAUGGCUGUCCUUGGUCUGUUGGGUCUUGCCAUGAGAAUGGGUGGCCCAAGAGAAGCUAUUUGGCAUGCUAUUAUUCGAAGAAAUCAUGGUGCUACACAUUUCAUUGUUGGACGUGAUCACGCUGGCCCCGGAAAGAACUCUGCUGGUGUUGAGUUCUAUGGACCAUAUGACGCCCAGCAUGCGGUUGAAAAGUACAAGGAAGAGCUAGGAAUUGAAGUCGUUCCUUUCCAGAUGAUGACUUAUCUCCCGGAUACCGACGAGUACAAGCCCGUCGAUGAAGUCCCAGCUGGUACUAAGACCUUGGAUAUUUCCGGAACUGAACUCCGCCGCCGUCUCCGCAAUGGCACCCACAUCCCAGAAUGGUUCUCAUACCCAGAGGUUGUCAGGGUUCUUCGAGAAUCCCACCCACCUCGCUCUAGCCAAGGUUUCACCGUCUUCUUGACCGGUUAUCAAAACUCUGGUAAAGACGCUAUUGCCCGUGCCCUCCAGGUCACACUAAACCAGCAAGGAGGUCGUUCUGUUACAUUACUCCUCGGUGAAACAGUUCGUAGCGAGCUUUCCGCCGAACUCGGUUUCUCGCGGGAGGACAGACAUAAGAACAUUCAGCGUAUUGCCUUUGUUGCCGCUGAACUUACCCGCGCUGGUGCUUCCGUUAUUGCUGCUCCAAUUGCACCUUUCGAUGGCAGCCGUCGUCAGGCGAAGGAGACUGUCAGCCAAUAUGGAAGUUUCUACCUCGUUCACGUUGCCACACCAUUGGAAUACUGCGAGGCUACGGAUAAGAAGGGAACAUACAAGGCUGCUAGGGAAGGUAGAAUAAAGGGCUUCACUGGUGUCGAUGAUCCAUACGAGGCACCUGAGAAUGCAGACUUGGUGGUGGAUGUAAGUAAGCAGGAUGUUAGAAGUAUUGUGCACCAAAUUGUUCUGCUACUGGAAAGCGAGGGUUUGCUGGAUGCGGUGUAA